CGUGUGGGGUGACAGUUGUGUUCACCUAUUUGGUUGCAAAUCAUUUUUCAUUCCAAUUAAUAUUUAUAAAACCACACAUCACUUUAAACAUGGAUCCAGAGGCGUUUUUGGACCUUGCUAAUCAGGUUACGAAGUUGAAAAUGUUCCCAUACUUUGAUAUUGCACAUAGUGUAUUAUGUGCUCUUCACGUCAGAGAAGAUUUAGGGGCAGGUGCUCAAGCAUUCUCCCGUAAACAUCCCAUGUCUUGUUGGCUGUCUACAAUGCUUGUUGUUUUUGCUGGAGGAAUGCUUAGUAAUGGCCUUCUUGGUGAACCUAUUUUGGCUCCUUUAAAAAAUACCCAACAACUUUUGGUUGCAACGGCAGUUUGGUAUGUUGUAUUCUAUACUCCAUUUGAUAUUGGAUACAAGAUUUCAAAGUUUCUUCCUGUAAAACUAGUCUUUGCUACAAUGAAAGAAAUAUAUAGGUGUAAAAAAGUGUAUGAUGGAGUUACACAUGCUGCUAAACUUUACCCUAAUGCCUACAUAAUUAUGAUUCUAAUUGGAACUCUUAAAGGUAAUGGUGCUGGCUUUACUAAGCUUUUUGAAAGACUUAUCAGAGGUGUUUGGACACCUACUGCAAUGGAAUUUAUGCAGCCUAGUUUCCCAACUAAAGCUUGUAUAGUUGCUUCAACUAUUUUUGUGCUUGAUCAGAAGACAGAUCUCAUUUCAGCACCCCACUCAUUGGUUUACUUCGGCAUUGUCAUCUUUUUUGUUUAUUUCAAGCUAUCUUCAUUGCUCCUGGGAAUUCAUGAUCCUUUUGUACCAUUUGAAAAUCUUUUUUGUGCACUUUUCCUGGGAGGAAUUUGGGAUUCUCUUGCCAAAGUUUUGGGAAGAGGUGCUGUCAAAGAAGAUAAGGCUGACUCAAAAAAGAAAGAUUAAUCCUAUUUUGGUUUUCCCUUUAUACCUUGGUACUUAGGUACUGUACAAUCCUAGUCAUUUCAUCGAGCGAACGAAUCGAAAAGAAGAUUUCAUGAGAGUAUUACUUUUAGGGAAGAGAAAUAAAUACUUGUUUUACUACUUUUUAUUGAUAAUAAUUCACCAAACAGUUUUUUAUUGUUAUUGUUUUUAUGAUUUGACUUGUCUUUCUUAAAAAUAGUGCAAGAUUAAAGCAAUAUUCACUUUUAAAUGUUUUUGUUUUUAUUUU